CAUAUAUCUAUGAUACUUUACUCUUUGCAUUAGCUUACAUUAGCUUCUCUGCUAUUGUCAAUUCAAAGUGCGUUCAAUUACCUUUACCUCAAUGACCUCAAAUUCAAUAAGUUUUUAUCAAUAAUUUAUCUUGAUCAAUUAUUAUUCAGCUUUACUGUUUUUUAUAACUCUCUCUCUCUCUCUCUUUCAUAUGUGAAUGUAACGUGGAAUUGGAACGUUCGUCAUACAUGACAAAAUAUAAAUAUGUCACUUAGUGUCAAUCAUUAAAAAUAGUGAAAUAAAUUAAUUUAUUAUGAAUAACAAGAUUCAUAUACUAGCCGUGUCUUAUCCAACCUCGACAUUGGCAGAAUCAUCAAAACCUUGAUGGAGCCAUAACACGAAAAAUUUAUUGAUUGAUUAUCUUUCGUUACACUUUUAUCGUUAUUAAAAAGUGAUCUUAUAGGAUUCCGAUUCCAAAAAUGAAUUUGUGUAGAGCGUGUCUGUCUGCGGACAAAGAAUUGUUUCCUUAUGAUGAUAAUUUUUCUUGCAAUUACAAUUUGCUUACUAAUAUAAACGUCAAAUAUUCUGAUGGGAAGCCUCAAUCUUUUUGCCAAAAUUGCAUAGAUGCUGUCAACUGUUUCAUGGAGUUCAGGAAUAAAUGUAUUUCUUCUGAACAGACAUUGCUAGGGAUAGUGGAACAGGCACUAAAAGUCGAGUCUCAUGGCAUUAAAAUCGAAAUAAAGUGUGAAACUGAGGAUUUUGCCACUGAUACUUAUUUUGAUGAUAAGCUUUUGGACUCUGCUGAGAAUGUUGGUGCUGAUAUUAAAAAAGAAGAAUGCAAUGAUGAUGUUAAAGAAGAAAGGCAUACUAGACGGUGUAAGAAAAAGAAGGUAAAAAAAGCAAAACAGAAGGAUAGUUUCAGCACCCAUGCAGUAACCUCUGUUCAACUGACCAGCAACAUUCCUAUGUGUGGGUUAUGUGGUAAAGAAUUCAAAGAUGCAGCCACAUUAAGCAAGCACAUAGAAGAGCAUGACAUUGUCCAAGGCUGCAAGUUCUGCCAGGCCACGUUCGAGCAUCGCGCGCAGCUGUUCGCGCACCGCAUACUGCACACGGUGCACAGCCAGGGCUGCCAUCUGUGCGCUAUUAGAUUCAAGUCGCAUGCGAACUUGGAGUUUCAUUAUAGGAAGAUACAUUUUGGGGAAAAGAAUGCUAUGCUGAAAUGUGAUCUGUGUAUAAAAAAGUUUAAUAAUCCUAGAAAAUUAGCAAAACACAUAUGGAGCUUGCAUGGUAAUAAGGAAUACACCUGUGAUAUUUGUUCCAAAAAGUUUAGUAACAAAGCCAAUUUAAAGACCCACGUGUUGAGCCACAGCGACGUCAAGCCGCACGUGUGCGACCUCUGCGGGUAUAGCAGCAAAUAUGCCUCGGGUCUCGCAGCCCACAACAUUCGGCGGCACGCGCCCACCAAGUGCAUCUGCAAGAUAUGCGGCAACGCGUACGGCAACGCCGAGAGACUCGCCCGGCACUCCUGCACCGACACCAGUCAGAUAUGCCCCGUGUGCGGCAAGAAUGUUCGGCGCGGGGUAACUAUACUACCUACUACGUACUGUAACAAGGCUUCAGGUCACAACAUCUGCAAGAUAUGCGGCAACGCGUACGGCAACGCCGAGAGACUCGCCCGGCACUCCUGCACCGACACCAGUCAGAUAUGCCCCGUGUGCGGCAAGAAUGUUCGGCGCGGGGUAACUAUACUACCUACUACGUACUGUAACAAGGCUUCAGGUCACAACAUCUGCAAGAUAUGCGGCAACGCGUACGGCAACGCCGAGAGACUCGCCCGGCACUCCUGCACCGACACCAGUCAGAUAUGCCCCGUGUGCGGCAAGAAUGUUCGGCGCGGGGUAACUAUACUACCUACUACGUACUGUAACAAGGCUUCAGGUCACAACAUCUGCAAGAUAUGCGGCAACGCGUACGGCGACGCCGAGAGACUCACCCGGCACUCCUGCACUGACACCAGUCAGAUAUGCCCCGUGUGCGGCAAGAAUGUUCGGCGCGGGGUAACUAUACUACCUACUACGUACUGUAACAAGGCUUCAGGUCACAACAUCUGCAAGAUAUGCGGCAACGCGUACGGCAACGCCGAGAGACUCGCCCGGCACUCCUGCACCGACACCAGUCAGAUAUGCCCCGUGUGCGGCAAGAAUGUUCGGCGCGGGGUAACUAUACUACCUACUACGUACUGUAACAAGGCUUCAGGUCACAACAUCUGCAAGAUAUGCGGCAACGCGUACGGCAACGCCGAGAGACUCGCCCGGCACUCCUGCACCGACACCAGUCAGAUAUGCCCCGUGUGCGGCAAGAAUGUUCGGCGCGGGGUAACUAUACUACCUACUACGUACUGUAACAAGGCUUCAGGUCACAACAUCUGCAAGAUAUGCGGCAACGCGUACGGCAACGCCGAGAGACUCGCCCGGCACUCCUGCACCGACACCAGUCAGAUAUGCCCCGUGUGCGGCAAGAAUGUUCGGCGCGGGCUAAUCCGUCACAUGCGAACCCACACAUCAGAACGUCACUUCAAGUGUGAGCGCUGCCCCGCCACAUACAAGAGCCGCUCGGCUCUUAAAGAACACCGCGACAAACACGACAACAAUCCCACCCAGCAGUGCGAGUACUGCCACGCUCGGUUUUACUCCGGCUCUGUGCUUAUCAAGCAUCGCCGCAUACACACCGGCGAGAAACCCUACGCCUGCACCAAGUGCGACAUGCGGUUUACCGGCGGCUACAAUCUCAAGCUGCACAUGAAGGUCCACGGCGAGAAUCUUGUCAACAAGAGAAACCAGAAACAAGAUGAAUAGCUGGUAUUAAAGCAAGCCAUACGCCUGCACCAAGUGCAUGGUUUACUGGCGGCUAUAACCUCAAGCUGCACAUGUAGGCCCACGGGGAGAAUAUUCUCAACAAAAGAAACCAGAAACAAGAUGAAUAGCUGGUAUUAAAACAAGCCAUACGCCUGCACCAAGUGCAUGGUUUACUGGCGGCUAUAACCUCAAGCUGCACAUGUAGGCCCAUGGGGAGAAUAUUCUCAACAAAAGAAACCAGAAACAAGAUGAAUAGCUGGUAUUAAAACCAGCCAUACGCCUGCACCAAGUGCAUGGUUUACUGGCGGCUAUAACCUCAAGCUGCACAUGUAGGCCCACGGGGAGAAUAUUCUCAACAAAAGAAACCAGAAACAAGAUGAAUAGCUGGUAUUAAAACAAACCAUACGCCUGCACCAAGUGCAUGGUUCACUGGCGGCUAUAACCUUAAGCUGCACAUGAAGGUCCACGGGGAGAAUCUUGUUAACAAGAGGAAUCUACUACUGCUAGUACUAAAAAGAAACCCUACGCCUGCACCAAGUGCAUGAAAAUAAUUCUACGGAUUACAAGAUCUCCCCCAACCGGUUCUCUCAGCGCGCGCGCAGCGUGCGACGCGGCGCGGGGCAGUACGCGAAGCACGGCCGUCGUGAACGCUGCUCGCACUGUCAGUGCUUGAGAAAGGAGACCGAAGCUCUCCGUAGCAUCGACUGACUAAAAAUACGUACGUGUAAUCCGUAGAAUCAUUUUAAUGUUAGUAUGUCUCACUACAGUUUAAAUCGACCAAGUGCAUGGUUCACCGGCAGCUACCUGCAUAUGAAGGGCCACAGAGAGGACCUUGUCCAAAAUCAAGUUGCUGGAUAAAUUUUGACUGUUAACUGUGUUAGCCAUGGUUAACUGCCCUUCAGUGGACCUUAUUUCUUUGAAAAUUUACAAAUUGCCAGUUGACAGUGUGACCAUCUGACCGAUAUUGAAAAAAAUUGUUCUCAUUUAAUAAGUUCUUUAUUUAAACAAGUUUUCAGAUGCAAGUACUGCAUUUAUGGUAUUUAAUCAAAGCAGGCACACAGCACCGCAGCAAAGACCGCGCUAAGGGAUGCCACGGCGGGAUGGCUCGCUAGGCCGCCGCCAUGUCUCGGUUGGCCGCCGCCAUGUCUCGGUUGGCCGCCGGAAUGUCUCGGUAGGCCGCCGGAAUGUCUCGCUAGGCCGCCGGAAUGUCUCGGUAGGCCGCCGGAAUGUCUCAGUAUACCGCCGCAAUGUCCCGGUAUGCCGCCGAAAUGUCUCGCUAGGCCGCUGGAAUGUCUCGGUAUACCGCCGCAAUGUCCCGGUAUGCCGCCGGAAUGUCUCGGUUGGCCGCCGGAAUGACUCGGUAGGCCGCCAGAAUGUCUUGCUAGGCUGCCGGAAUGUCUCGCUAGGCCGCCGAAAUGUCUCGGUAGGCGGCCGGAAUGUCUCGGUAGAUAGCCGGAAUGUCUCGGUAUGAUGAAAUCAAGAAACGUGAACGUAUGUGGGCUCAAGCUUUCAUGAUUUACAUUAGUCAACUGUUAAGUAACUAAUGUGUCUCAUAGCCGCUAGGUGGAGCCACUGUUGCGCACGUAGCUAAUAUGGUAGCGCUGAAAUUACAGCAAGUGACUGUCAGUCACUUGCUGUAAUUUCUGUCAGUCAAAAUUAUUUUCGUUGUCGUGUUUCUGACCACUUUGUCGCGCGUGUAUUUAUGUCUUUUAUCAAAUAAAUUAAAAAAGUUGAAUGCUAUUGCAUGUCUUUCUAGCUGUAGAUUAUAAUUUACAUGAGAAAAAUUAAAGAAUAAAUUUCAUAUCAUACAAAAAGCUCCACUCCGUCACAUUUUUUGGGGGCAAAAAACUAGACAACGAAAAGAAUUUUGACCAACCUAUUAAACCAUGAUCUUAACUCAGGGGUUCCCAAAGUGUGCGCCGCGGCGCCCUGGUGCGCCGUAGAAAGUAAAGAGGGGCGCCGUGAGUUCUAUCAUUAUCCGAAACCACAAAUAUUCGCGGGUACCUAUUUGAGCGCUCGCAUCGGUAAAUAAUAAAGCGUCGUGUCACUCUUUUUCGACCGUGAUUUUAAAUUUACAAGGGCGCCGUUGCAAAAUACUAAACUUGUAACUGCGCCGCAUGUUGAAAAAGAUUGGGAACCCCUGUUUAACUGUCACGCCACACUAGCGUCUCCCUAGCGUCGGCGUCUAGUCAACUCUAUGGCUGCUGCUCGACGCAACGUUGGCGCAACUGCGCAGCGACGCCAUUUUCCAUAGCGCCAGACGCUGACGCUCAAAAGACGCUAGUUUGUGAUGGCCCUAAUUUUUGAAAUUUAUAUUAUACGAGAUUUAUUACUGAGUAAAAUAGUACAUAUUCAAUAUUAAAUUAAUAUUUAACAACCUCAACGGUUAUACCAGUUGUAACGUCCAAAGUCUUGAAAAGGCUGAAAAAAGUAUUAUUUAUUUUUUAUAUUUAGGCUUUGAAUUAUGUGUUAUGUUAUAAUGUUGUGUUUGUACAUGAAUAUUAUUCUUUAUUUGUAUUAAGUUCAAGCGGCAAUCGUAAGGUAUUAGCUACGUUUUAUUGUAAAGUGUAAAUAAAAAUUUAAUGGUUGUUUCAUUAUAAAAAUUUAAUAAAUAUGUAAGUAAAAA